AUGGAACAAAGAAACCAAACAGGUGUUUCAGAAUUCUUUCUCCUAGGACUGACAACAGAUCCAGAAAUGCAGCCUCUCCUCUACAACAUCUUUCUGUUCAUGUACCUGGUCAUCAUCCUAGGAAACCUACUCAUCGUCCUUGCUAUCAGCUCUGACUCCCACCUCCACACACCCAUGUAUUUCUUUCUUUCCAAUCUGUCAUUUUCUGACAUAGGUUUAAGUACAACUGUAAUCCCAAAGAUGCUGCUGAACAUCCAGACACAAAAACAGUCUAUCACUUACAUUGGCUGCCUCAUACAGGCGUGUGCUGUCCUCGUGUUUGGAGGUUUUGAAAACUUUCUUCUUGCAAUAAUGGCCUAUGACCGAUAUGUGGCCAUUUGUUGCCCACUGAGAUACACAGUCAUUAUAAACCCUCGUCUCUGUGGCAUGCUGGUUAUAUUCUCUUUGAUCACUAGUAUUGUGAAUGCCCAUGUCCAUAGUCUAAUGCUUUUGAAAUUGUCCUUCUGUAAACACUUGGAAAUUCCUCAUUUCUUCUGUGAACUUGCUCAAGUUAUCAAGCUUGCCUGUUCCAAUACC